AUGGCUGGCUUCACUGGCGAUCAAGGCGACUAUAACAUCGCCAACAAGUUCGUCUCUUGUCUUUGCUAUGGCAAACAAGCAGAGGGCAUUGAGCUCGGAAGAGACUCUAUAUCAGAGUACGUGGGAGCCUGCGAGAGCUGCACAGAUACGCCGGACAUUGUGAAGAAAGACCUGCAGGGUAUGCUCACAGUCUGCACUGUUCAAGCUCAGAAUGGAACGGCGGAUCUGGCUUUAUCUUAUCGGCCGCAGGUGUAUCACACAAACAUCACCGAGCCGCAAGUAGCCUACUACUAG